CCAAGUCGGCCCUGGGCGAGAACAGUGCCAGUGUUUACAGUCAGUGGGAGCAUGCAGAUUGCCAUCACCUUGACGGCGUUGCUCGCCGCGGCGGCUGCGACCAAAGUUACGACCAACACCAACUCCAACCCCCGUGUCAAAAAACGGACAGGUCCUCUGAGGCCGUUAGAUUCUUCUACCGCUGCAAGUUGGUGGAGGCAGGAGCUGACACCAAGCCAGUCCUACCCUGAUGACGAUCCGGCAUCUGAUUUUUUCUCCUCGAGCCACGGCCUCGUACAGACGCACCCUGCGGACUUGUCCGGCCCUGCUUUCGGAAGCCCUCCGGUCCAGGAUCCCGCCCAGAAGAAAUACGCCCCGGCGUCAUCCCUCGACUUCGUCAGGAGGGGACUCGACGAACUGAGAAGGAAUCCUCUGCUUUCGUCUCCCGAGGAGUGCGCGAGGGCUUGCCGCGAAGGAGAACCCCCCAAGAUCUGCUACUACCAUUUUACAGCUGAACUUUACACAGUACUCGGAGCAGCUUGUCAGGUCUGCACGCCCAACGCCACCAACACCGUGUGGAGCCAUUGCCAGUGCGUUCUUGCCGACGGUGUCGAAAGAGGAAUGCUCACGAUAAACAGGAUGCUUCCAGGUCCCAGCAUACAGGUCUGCGAAGGUGACAAGGUAGUCGUCGAUCUUUUGAACAGAAUGGAAGGAAGCGAAUUGACCAUCCAUUGGCACGGAAUCCACCAGCGAGGAACCCAAAUUUCGGACGGAGUACCAUUUGUGACUCAGUGUCCCAUCUCGGAAGGAAACACGUUCAGAUACCAAUGGGUAGCUGGCAACGCCGGAACACACUUUUGGCAUGCUCACACUGGGCUUCAAAAGAUGGACGGUAUUUAUGGAAGCAUUGUCGUCCGUCAGGCUCCAUCUCACGACCCCAAUAGCCACUUGUACGACUUCGAUCUGACGACCCACGUCAUGAUGCUCAGCGACUGGAUGCACGAAGAUGCCAUGGAAAGAUUCCCAGGCAGGCUUGCCGCGAACACAGGCCAAGAUCCCGAAACUCUGCUCAUCAAUGGAAAAGGACAGUUUGAGGAUCCCAACACCAGAUACCGUACAAACACCCCUAUGGAAAUCUUCACUAUCACACCAGGCCGUAGGUACAGAUUCCGUAUGAUCAACUCACUGGCUUCCGUCUGUCCGGCUCAGUUGACCAUCCAGGGCCAUCCGCUUGUCUUAAUCGCGACUGACGGUGAACCUGUACAUCCUGUCGUCGUGAACACAAUUAUCUCCUUCUCGGGCGAACGUUACGACUUUGUCAUCACUGCUGAUCAGCCUGUCGGCGCCUACUGGAUCCAAGCCAGAGGUCUCGGAGAGUGCGGUAACAAACGUGUCCAGCAACUCGCUGUACUCAGGUACGCAAGAGGUCCUUACCAGCCAUCAACACAGGCCCCAACAUAUGACGUCGGUCUCCCACAAGGAGUUGUCCUGAACCCGCUUGAUGCUCAGUGCAACCAACCUAGGAACGAUGCAGUGUGUGUCAACCAGCUCAAAAAUGCAAAGCAUAUCGAUGAAGGCAUCUUACAGGAACGGCCUGACGUCAAAAUUUUCUUACCCUUCAGAUUUUUGUUUUACAGACCCGAAGAACUUUUCCAACCUCAUCAGUACAACAGAUUUUUGGUCGCUCCUGGAGGCGGUGAUCACGUUAUCAGUUUGGUCGAUGAAAUCUCUUUCGUAUUUCCACCCGCACCGCCAGUUUCUCAGAUCGACGACAUCAACCCGGAACAGUUCUGUAACGGAGACAACAAGCCAGCCAAUUGUGGAAGAAACUGCAUGUGCACCCAUAAAGUCGACAUACCCCUCAACGCGGUCGUAGAAGUCGUCCUUGUCGACGAAGUACAACAGCCUAAUUUGAGUCACCCGUUCCAUUUGCACGGUUACUCCUUCAACGUCAUCGGUAUGGGAAGGUCUCCCGACAAAAACGUGAAGAAAAUCAACUUGAAACACGCCCUCGACUUGGACAGGAGAGGUCUCCUCCAUAGGCAGUUCAACCUCCCACCUUCAAAGGACACAAUCGCCGUGCCCAAUAACGGAUAUGUCGUUUUUAGAUUCAGAGCCGAUAACCCAGGUUACUGGCUGUUCCACUGUCACUUCUUGUUCCACAUUGUUAUUGGAAUGAACUUAAUUCUUCACGUGGGUACGCAAGCGGAUCUGCCACCUAUUCCACCCAAUUUCCCUCGAUGCGGAGAUUUCCUACCACCUGUAACUCUUCACUGAUAAUAGUUUGCUCUUCUUCAAUCAACAAAUCGUUUCAAAUUCUCGCAAUUUAUGAACACCGCGAACCACAUUUAAAUUUAAAUAAUUUUAUAUCAGGCUCUAUUUUGAACUUUCUUGCGAAAUAGUACUUUAUAGAUGAAAAGAAUGAGAUUAUUCUUUUAUUGUAGUUUUUUAGGCGAAAUGAAAUCGUGUUUGAACUACGUUUGUGUUAUUGUUCAUAAUAAUGCGAAAGCACCGUCACUAGGGUGUAAAAUUGUUUAUACUGUGGUGUACAUUUUAUUGUGGCGUUUUUAGAUUAGAACUAUCCAUUUACAGAUUCAUUUUCCCCUCCUUUUCGAAUCAGAUCUGGUCCCUUGUGCUUUAAGCAAUAUGUUGCCAUAACAAAAUGAUGCAACAAUUUUCUCAUAACGCUCCAUCAUCAUAUAACUUGGUUUUCCACAGAUCAUCACGUUUUUUGUUCAAUUUGAUUGAUUUAUUAAAACGGGAAUUGUUAUCAAUGCAACUGGACUUAAUGUUUAGUUGUAAUGCUCAUAAAAGCUUGCCAAAUUAUUUACCCUUUUCUUAAUUUAAUUACUUAUUUAUUUUUUAAUUAAGCAAGAUUGCAUGCAGGCUGGUUGUAAAACAGUAUUAAAGAAAUUUGAAAUCUAGUUGUCAAUUUAUUUAAUAAAUUGAUAUUUUUUUAUAUAACGUAAUUUUAACUUAAGGGAACUUUAUAACUAUGUUUUUUUAUGCAUUGAACAAUAAUUAUAAUUAUAAUUUAAAAGAUGAAAUAAGGGAAAUGUUUUUUUAUAUUUACUAUAUAUUACAAAAUAAUAUAUUUUUUACAAGGCAAAUAUAUUAACCCUCAAAACAACUUUGGUAUUUAGUAAUAUUUUAUUAAAAUUAUCUGCACAUUUCCAGUUACCAAAAUAAUAAGUUCUUCUACCAAAAAAUGUAUAUUUCUUUUUUUUAAUUAUUAUAUUUUUUAUACUUUUUAUAUAUAUAUACGAACGUUAUCAAAAUCUUUCAAGAAAUGACGCUGAGGAGCUUAGACUUGAUUUUUCGUCACCAAAAAUCAAGUGUCUGCUCCUGUAAAUUUUUAAAAUCCUCAAAAAGUCAAUUUUUCUUUAAAAUAGAAAAAUUGAUUUUUAAGAGAUGUUUAGGAAAGUGUGUGCGGUAUACAUACAGUACGUAUUUUGUAUAUAAUUGUUUUAUAUAAUAAUAAUGUAU